GAAGGGCAAAAUUUCCGUUUUCAUGAAAAAAUCCUGAAACGUCUUAAAGUCGAAUUUCGGCUAAGUCAUAAAGACAAAACAGAAGACACACACCCUAUAUUUUGAAUAUUAUAGAUUAUAUGUAUUAUGUUAAAAUUAUCAUAUACAUAUUUUUCAAAAUUUUGUAACAUCCUCUGUAUUCCUAACAUUAAUGAUAAAGUUAUGUCCUGAUAUGUGUAACAAAAGAAAAGAAUGUCAUUUCCACUUGUUGAUGUAGGUAGUUAAAAAAAUGGCAAAUUACAAAUGUUGUUAACCAGCUGAAGAGAGAGCUACUACUACUAUUUAGGAUGAAUCAUGGACCUAUUGUAGGGAGUAUCAGGAUGUGAUUCAGACACCAGAUUUAUUUUUAGGCGAGACUCUCAAUUUUUAGCAAAAAAGUAUACAAGACAUUGAAGUAUACCCUCCUCUUAGAUAAAAAUAGAUUCUAAUGUUUAGUUCUACCAUAAAACCUCUUUAAUUUCUGUAAAAGAUUUCUUAAAAUAAACGCCAAG